UUUAUAAAGGCUGAAAUGCCAGAAGCAUUAUUGAGUCGUCGUUUGUGCUGAUCGUGUUUGCGGUUUGGUUUCGUGUGUUUGUUGCUGUUGCUGUUGUGUUGAACGAAUCGUCGUCGUCGCCUAUCAAUCAAUAAUUAUGAAAUUCGCAAUUUUCGUACUUUUCGCUGUAUUAGCGGUCGUCGCCAGUUCUCCGGUCGAACAGAAAAAAGAUACUAAAACUACUGCUUUUGGAAAAUGCGCCAAUAUUUGCCAAGAUGAUUCGAAUAAACCCCUGUGCGCUUCGGACGGUGGUAAAUUGAUGUUGAGUUUCAUGAACGAAUGCGCCCUCAAGAAAUACAACUGCGAACAAAAUAAAAUCUUGACCAAGAAACACGACAAAGAAUGCCCAGGAACCACCGGAAUCCGUCUAUCUUAAACAAGUAUUGCAUCUCUCUGUCUCUUUCUCUCUACCGAAUAAUUAUUUCAUCGUAAAUUAUUACAAACGUUGACUUAUACCUGUAAUAAAAUAAAGUAUUUAUUUGAAGUUUA